UGGACACUACGACUAGCAUGGCUCUGUAUAAAGGAUACCCUUUCCCUGUCUAGGAGAAACAAUCUUGCAAAGCAGCCUAAUACCAAGUUUCUACUUGAGGGACGAAGUCCAUUCCACCGGACCAUCAUGAAGUUGCAGGCAACUCUACCCCUCGCCGUUUUAUUUUUUGCUGCGUCUGUUACUUCCAGCGGGACCAACGAUGUCUGGGGCCUCGUCGCAACCCUUUCACAGGCGCCUUCCGGUGACGGCUAUCUCCACCUAGGUGAUGACGGCGUCUUGAGAUCCCUUAGUGAAUCUGGAGACGUGCUAGCAUAUCGACAAUUAGACCCCGAACAAAUCAAUCAGUACAUCAAUCGCUUUCCGUCGCCGGCUAAGGAACAUCUUCUCGGGGUCUUAAAGGUGUUGAUGGUCGAGACGUGAUUGAGAUUGCGCAACUCGCCCACCCCGACUUAAAAGCACUACUCCCAGAGCCUGAUGAAGCCAGUGUUCCUGUUGCCAGUUCCUCCUCUACACUCAAUCACCUGGCGGAGCGCGCAUGUCACAACUAUGCUUGCUCAGGUCCCGUCUUGUGCUAUUCUUAUACCUGCUCUGGUUGUGCUAAGGCAGACCAUCUUUACUGGAGCGUCUGCUAUUGAGGGGCGAUGGAAUCUUUGGGCAAGUUUUAAGGUGUUUGAGAUUUACGUGAACCGUUCAUCCUUCUCACUAGUAGAUGACAGGGCACUUUUGCUUUCAGAUAUUCAACAUGGAAUAUCCAAGCUUUUGCCGCUCCUGACCAACUUACGGCUAUUCUGGUAUUUUUCCG